UGUAAGUUCCUUGGCCCGUUUAGGUUUCAAAAUGUUGCCCCGAGUACUCCGAGCAUCUGCCGCCGCCGCCGUUCGCCAAUUUUCGACGAGGGCGGAUGCUGCGUUGGCUACGGCGCCGGAGAAGCUUUCGAGAGAGGGAGAAGAUGUCUCUAUGAACAGGAGCACCUCCAAGAGCACAGGCCGGGACACGUUGGGGCGACGCCUUUUUGCUCUGGUCUACUCGAAGCGGAGCGCUGCCAUAACCAUACGGAAGUGGAAAGAGGAGGGGCACGAUGUGCGAAAGUACGAGCUCAAUCGUAUUGUUCGUGAGCUACGGAAGCUUAAGCGUUAUAAACACGCUCUAGAGGUUUGUGAAUGGAUGAGGUUGCAGGAAGACAUGAAGCUGGUGCCCGGGGACUUUGCUGUCCACUUGGAUUUGAUUGCAAAAAUCCGUGGUCUAAACAGUGCAGAGAAGUUUUUCGAAGAUCUCCCUGAGAAAAUGAGAGAUCCUGCAACCUGCAGUGCCCUUCUUCACACCUAUGUCCAGUAUAACGAAUAUAACAAGGCUGAGGCAGUGAUGAAGAAGAUGUCAGAAAGCGGUUUCCUGACAAGUCCCCUUCCAUAUAAUCACAUGUUGUCUUUAUAUGUAUCCACAGGGGAUUUACAGAAGGUUCCUGAACUGAUUAAAGAGGUGAAGAAAACCACCUCUCCGGAUAUUGUGACAUAUAACCUUUGGCUAGCUGCAUGUGCAUCUCAGAAUUUAAUUGAUACAGCUGAAAAGGUAUUCCAAGAACUUAGUAGUAAGGCCAAAUUAGAACCAGACUGGGUGACGUACAGCACGAUGGCCAGCAUCUACAUCAAGAAUUCAUUUCAUGAAAAUGCAGAAUCUGCAUUGAAGGAGAUGGAGAAGAAGAUCAAUAAAAACAUCCGGGUGGCUUAUUCAUCCCUCAUCAGUUUGCACACGGCUCUUGGAAAUAAGAACGACGUUCAUAGAAUCUGGAAAAAGAUGAAGUCUACUUACCGCAAGCUGAAUGACUCCGAGUAUACUUGCAUGAUAAAUUCUUUACUGAAACUUAAGGUUAUUGAAGGAGCAGAGGAACUGUACACCGAAUGGGAAUCCAUUUCCCCAACCAAAGACACAAGGGUUCCAAAUUUGCUUCUUGCUGCUUAUAUUAACAACGAUCAAAUGGAAAAGGCUGAAGCUUUUCACAAUCGGAUGGUGCAGAAUGACAUAGUCCCGGGAUAUACCACUUGGGAGCUGCUUACGUAUGGUUAUUUGAAACAAAAGCAGGUUGACAAGGUGCUUGAAUGUUUCCAGAAAGCUGUUAAAAGUGUGCGAAAAUGGGAUCCAGAUGAAAAGCUGGUUCAAGAAAUAUCUUCUGUCAUCAAGGAGUUUGGCGAUGUUGUGGAUGCAGAAAAGUUGCUAGCCACCCUUCGUCGUGCUGGUUAUGUAAAUACGGAAACUUACAACUCUCUUCUCCGAACAUAUGCAAAAGCGGGAAAGAUGCCUAUUAUCAUGGCAGAGAGGAUGAAGAAGGACAAUGUCGAGAUGGAUGAAGAGACAAAGAGACUACUUCGAUUAACCAGCACAAUGCGUGUUAGUGAAAUUCCAAGUGAUCUUUAACUACAGAUGAGGAUUAUCUGCGAAUAUAUAGCACUGUUCGCCGGUUGACAUUAUAAUAUUAUAUAAGGGAAACUCUGGAAACAAUUCUCCUCCACUGCCGAUGGCUGAGGGCCAUCGAGACAGCAAACUGGACAACAUUAAAGUCCCAACUAUUGCUAGAUAAGUGUCUGAAAACCAGUUGUGCAACAGCAUUCGGGUAAUUGAACUAGAGUUUUAUGAUGUCUGAAUUGUCACAUCACUUCUAAUCUGGUUAUCCCAUCAUACUAGAAACCCAGUCUUCAAUACACUGUUCUGAUUUGGAUCAGACUUAAUAUGCAUUCAUAAGUUUUAUUUUGAUGUUGUUCGUCGUCUUCA